UGCCAUGUCUCCGAGCGGCUAGCUUACCGAUCGUAGCUACAGAACACAAUCACUUCUGAAGGACGGAAAGAGAAACGUAGUCGUUGUCCGGAACAGUUUUCUUCCUUUUGUGUCUUUUUUAGCGCCACAAGGUUGAGCUAGCAGACUGAGAGCGCAGGCAGGAGAGCCUUUGGUCAUGUCCGGGCAGAAGAAAGGCGUUGUGACGCGGCAACAGAAGUGUGCCUUCUGCAGAGCCAACCGGGACAAGGAGUGCGGCCAGCUCCUGGUGUCCGACAGCCAGAAGGUGGCAGCCCACCACAAGUGCAUGCUUUUUUCAUCAGCUCUGGUCACGUCGCACGCAGACGGCGACACCAUCGGAGGCUUUUCCAUCGAGGACGUAAAAAAAGAGAUCAAAAGGGGAAAUAAAUUGAUGUGUUCUUCGUGUCACCGACCGGGCGCGACCAUCGGCUGCGACGUCAAAACGUGCAGAAGGACGUAUCACUACUAUUGCGCCGUGAAGGACAAAGCCCAGGUCAAGGAGAAUCCCUCCCAGGGGAUUUACCUUGUUUACUGUCGCAAACAUCGCGAUGCUGCUCUGGACGACGUUGAAGACGAAGAAGAAGGAGACGUGGCCAACGACUCGGACUCCUCGCCUCCACAAAGCCGAGGCAGAGGGAGGUUGGAGAAGGCCCGGGCCAAGGUCGGAUCUCGUGGCCAGUCGGAAGAAAGUCGCUCCGCCUCCUCGCAGGCUGCAGAUGAGGACGGCUCCUCGCAUCGGGACAGGUCCCCUCUCCGAAGCAGCCCGGCGGACAGCGGCCAGCGCUGCGGGUUCUGCCACGCCGGCGAGGAGGAGAACGAAACCAGAGGCCUGCUGCACACCGACAACUCCAAGAAAGUGGCCGCGCACUACAAGUGCAUGCUCUUUUCUUCUGGGACGGUGCAGCUGACCACAACAUCACGAGCCGAAUUCGGUAACUUCGACGUGAAAACGGUCAUCCAGGAAAUCAAAAGGGGCAAAAGAAUGAAGUGCACGUUGUGCGGUCAGUUGGGCGCCACCAUUGGCUGUGAAAUCAAGGCGUGUGUGAAGACCUACCACUAUCACUGCGGCCUACAGGACAAAGCCAAGUACAUCGAGAACAUGGCCCGCGGCAUCUACAAACUUUACUGUAAGAACCACAGCGGCAACGAGGAGCGGGACGAAGAGGACGAGGAACGGGAGAACCGCAGUCGAGAGAGGGCAGCGAUCGAUCACGGAGGAACGCCGUCCACACUCGCGAACGGCAACUAGGUGCGGUCCAAGACGGCUGAUGGGGAGGAAAACGGAAGACGACAGGAGAGAUAUUUUUUUAUACCAAAUCUUAGCCUUCUCACGUGGUUUAGGAGCUCCCUCGAAAAGACUUUUCUUCCAGUGGUUGGACGUCAUGUUCCAAUGUCCACCAGAUGUUGUCUUUCUAUGAAACCCCACUUUAAAGCUUUUCACAGACCAGUGCUUCUGUCGGGCCCCCGGAGGGCCUCAGCCUCAUGGAAACCCACCUCUAACCCCUCCAGAUCGGGUUAGGGGCGCGGAUAAGCGAUGGACCCAUCUCUGUAACUCCUCACUGCCCCUCAGAUUACAGGAACCGCAGCUGCUGAAGGCUGAAGCUCUCUGGAGGACGGCCAUUUGUUCCUAGUCUCUAUGAAGUCGUGCAGUUUGAUUACCUUGUUUCUGUAAUCGUGUCUUAACGCGCUUUCAUGUUAGCCACUCUUUUUUUAUUUGACAUCUUUUUGCUGCGACGUUAUCUUCAUGAGAACUUCUGAAGAUCCUGAGCAGGUCACGAGUUUUGGCCGGCGUGCGUCUGGAUUUGUUCCCCCGGCCCGCGGAGGAGGCGGAGUUUUUCAUUUGGCGCCCGACGGGGGAAACGCCGAAGCCUUUAGGGGGACGGCCGGCUCCACUCUGUUCCCUGCAAAUGUAUUCAUGAAUGAUUUGAAUAGAAAAUAUUUUUAUUUUACACAUCGAUGAGUGAAUUCUCUGUUUUUCUAAGUGCAUUCAGAAGAGAUUUGAGGCAGUGACUUUUUUUAUAUCUUUUUUUUUUUUUUACAUUUCUGGUGACAAAAAUUAAACUUCCGCAUCAAAAACCACA